CGGUAUCGACUCGUUUUUUUGGGGAAUAUUCACUCCGAAAAUUAAAAAACGAAGAAGCAUGAGGAUUUGAGUGAGUAAAAAAAUUGAUAGCAAAAGGUAAAAAACGAGGGUAAAAAGUGGAGAGAAUAAUUGUAAAAAAAGUGGAAAUAUUCGUGAAUUUCAAUAACGGUUAAAAUGAAAAGAGUAUUUUUUCACGAAUAUUUGCUCUCCCAAUCUCAUUCCCUCAGCGAAUUUAUGCUCAAGUUUUAUUCAGGGAUUCAUAAAUUUCGAGGGCCAUCCAAAAUGAUGUUGAUUUUUUUUCAGCCCACGUUUUUAUCACUUUAUCCUGUGCUUACCUCUUGCAAACGACUCGACUCAAAGUCCUCGAGUUGACGCUGAAAACCAACGUUAGGAUUUGCGACGGCACGACCCACUCUCACUACUUUGAGUGCUUCUUUCCACGAGAGAUUCGUGAUGCUCAUGAUAUAAGCAACUGCGACUGUCACGCUCCUCGACAUGCCUGCCAAACUGAUAAGUUCGCCGAUGUUAUUUCAAACGCGGAGCACCGUUGGCCAAAUAUUUUCAUGUUUCCCGAUAAACUCAAUCGAUUUUGCCCGAGGGAGCUUUUCCGAAAGUUUCCAAAGUUCUAUGAUGAGCCGCGGAAGCGAUUUUUUUCAUUCAAAUCUUUGUGUUUUUCAGCCCAAGCUUAAUCGCGAAAGAAUUUCUAUGAAUUGCUCGUCGAAAACAAUCUUAUUCGUGAUACUUUUUCACGUGCUCGGGUGCAUUGAAACUUUAAACUCUCACCAGUGGAUCAACACGUUGCCGCCUCGCAAUCGAGCUGCGUGAAUGAAAUCGUUGCACAGCGAAAAAUAUUGCGAGAGAUUUUGAUCCGGGGUGUCAGCAGCCAAGAUGCACAAGUAGUGCUUGUCCUGAAACGAAGUUGAAAUGAAGAAAAGUUGCUCGCCCCGCGAUCGUCGCAAAGUGACGAGAGUUCGGUGAUUUUAGCCCCGGAUUUAAGGGGCUUUCAUUCGAAUUCUUUCAUUUUAUUUUCCAGCCUAAAGAGCACCGAGGUUAUUGAAACGCGGCGAUAAAAAAAAACUCUAGUGUCGAGGAAAUUGGAGAUUUUCAUGAACGAAAGCGCGAUUCGGCGCGAAUAAAAUGUGUCGAGGAACGAUUGCACUCACAGGGUGGAGCUGCCGAGCCGCAUCGUGGAUGGCAAGGAUGUGAGUUAUCUCGAAACGUUCCAGUUGAACGGGAUCUUUGCUGUCUCGAUAAUUGCCCACGUAGAGUCCCGGAAGAACCUGAGAAAAAAGCUCCCGCGCGCCCUCGACGAGGAUUGCGAAAAGAGGCGAAAAGUGGCGCGCGCGCGGGGUCGAGGAAUUCGCCUCGGCGGAACGGAAUUCCAUAGUGGACUCGGGAUUUAAUGUUUGAAUUUGUAAUUCCGAUACUAGAGUGUGAUUACGGGCGAAUUAUUCGAUCGGGAUUUCGGUCACGGUGUCCCCGAGUCUGUGCUCGGAUUUUUUCUCCUCCGCAUCGGCGCAUGUAUUUCUCUCCGAGAUGUACGGCAACUAUAAAGAGCGUGGAUAAACUGGAGGAAAAAUAAUCCGGUUAGUUAUCAGUCGCGGAUUCGGCACACUCUCGGUUCCACGAGCGUCUUAUCAAUAAUCGCGUAACGCCGACGUUGAGCUCUUUUCGUUUUUUCUUUUAUGUCUCUUAUAGGUUGGGGCUAUCGAGCGUUCUCAAUGCGAGACGAGAGCGAGCGUCGCUCAGACGUUUCGGGACGGCGGAACUUCGAUCUCGGACGCACGUUUCACUCGAGGUGUGACUCCUUCGUUGUACGAUUAGCGAGAAAGUUUCGUCGUUUGAUCGCAGGCGACGAUGAGGCUCCGCCGCUCGAUACUGAUAUCCUCGAUCGUUGCGUUCGUGUCGAGAAUCCACGGAGUUUCGGGUCAAACGACAUUAGCCUCUUCGAGGCUCGGGGGAUCAUCGAAACCGUCGAAUUCGUCGUCGCUCGAGACGUCCGGUGAGAACGAGGCUCCCCUCAGGGCGAGAUUCUCGAACGGGACGAGCCUCAGCGCCGGUCGAAAGGGACCGGAAGCCUCGGGGAGAAACGCGACGGGGAGCUUCGAGCCUCGAGGAUUGUUCGAGGAUAAAGGAAGCUCGAAAUCCAACGCGAAUGGCGACCGCUUGAUCAACUCCGUUUCUGCGCUUCUCUCGGACUCCGCUCCUGCGAGGAGGAGCAUUGAAAACGGCGCUCGGAAGCAGCCCGGAAGGGCCGCGGAGAAAAACGACCUGGACGGGAAGGGGCUCUCCUCGGGAGCUGGAAAUCGGUCUCCGCUCAAUGACACAGGCUUGCACAGGGCUCUGGGAAUCAUGCUCGACCCAAGGAGCGUCGCGGGAGACAAAAAAGUCCCGACUUUUCGUUCGAUGUUCGAAAUCGACGAAGACAACAACAGCGAGUUGAGCGGGCUCGAGGAGAAGGUGAAACUGAUGAUGGCGAAGCUGAGAAGCUCGUCGAAGGAACGCCGAGAAAGUUUGGCGCCCUAUUUCGAACGGUUUUUGUCAGGAGUGCUCGAGAAAUUCGAGGCUCGCGACGACGAGGAGACGGAAGAGCUGGAGGACCUUUUGGAUCGGUGCACCGCUCAGCGCUGUUGCUCCGGUUGUUGCUCCUGCGAGAAACGUAAAAGGAAAAAACCGAAAGCCGGCGCCCAAGCGGCGGCGGGAAAUACGCGCCGCAAGGCCCAGAGGUACAGCGACGACGCUUCGGGCGAUGGAGCGAAAAAAAAAGUGGCGAGUCCCUCGUCGAGCAGCGCAGCCCCGUCGACGACGACGGCGGCGCCGACCAAGUCAGCCCUCGCGAAGGAAACCUCGGAAAGUCACAAAAAAAUGAAAUCGGAAUCGCUGCAGAAGCCGAAAAAUCGUCGCCGAAAGCGUCCCGAGGCUUCGCGACGGAAAAUGCAAGAGAACAACGGCGGACGGAAAAAAACGUGCGUCAGACGAAAAUCUGCUGGCGAGCGCCGCCGCCGCCCUGAGGUCGAACGAGGCUCGCGAUCCAGUCGCCGUAACUUCGACCGAGACACCAAAGACUCGGAGAUAAUCGUUCGCAAGAAACCGCGACCGAAUCGCCGCACCAGCUUCGACGACGAUUCCAGCGACUCCGAGACGAUCGUUCGGAAGAAACCGCGAGCCAAUCGACGCCGCAACUUCCACCAGGAUACCGACGAUUCCGAAAAAAUCUCUCAGAAAAAGUCACGACCGAAGCACCGCGCUAAUUUCGACGAAGACACCAGCGACUCGGAAAAUGUCCCUCCGGAAAACUCGCGACCCAAUCACCGCGGUAAUUUCGACCUGGACGAUCCCCCGGUCGACAUACCCCGAAGAAAUUCCAAUCGCAGUCCCCCCAAGAGCCUCGAAGAAACCGAUUCAUAUUUGUAAAAUUUCGUCGUAUAAAUAAAUACCGCAAAAGCGUAACUGCUCUUUGAAAAAAUAUUGUUAACCUGACUGGUAAACCUCGAAAUUGUUUCGAUCCCUCGAAUAUUCAAACUAUUUUCUUACGAUCAAUUGUUGAGUCUUCUCUCAAGAGUAGUUUUUUCAUCGGUAAAAAUAAAC